AUGAGUCGGAGUUUGAAGGAGUCUCUGGUCGGCGGGAGGAGCAUUGCGUCGGGAACGCAGCACCGGCGAGGUACUAGUCUAUCUGGAAUGUCCAGAGAUACGGACGAGAACUUGGAUCUGUUCUCUAGGAAUCGCCGGAGUCUGUCUGUCGUAUCUUCCGACGAAUCGGACGGUACGGUUUCUUCCUCUGUUCCGCUCUGUCGAUAUCUUAAUUGGCUUCCUGUGGAAUAG